AAGCGGUCUCAAAAGACAUGACCGUCUCGUUUGUGCGCACGAGGGGUCUCAAAGCAUUGAUGACAUACAGCGGGAGAGCAGCAUCCGCCGGACAGAGGGGCAAUCAAAUGUAAAACGAACGAUUCCAUCCUGCAGCGUUUCCAUAGCAGUAGCCUCUUAUUACAGUCCUUUUGAUGUUUCUAUCACGAAUGAAUCGAUGACGAAGAAGAAUAAGAAGGGAAAGGAAGAUUGGAGGAGAUUCGCUUCUCUCAUAACGGGGUACCGGUGAAAGAGGGGCAGUAGCCUACCUAUUAGUCAAAAACGUCAAACAAGAAUAGCCGCACCAUCAUCAGUCGCGUCUGUUUGUCGUGAGAUGACAAAGUGAAGUGGCGGAUCAUGUCUCAGAAGAAGAUAUUUCUGGUCUUUGUGGCAAUCAGUACCGUCAGCCUACUGCUGCACCAUGGGGGCCAUUUCAGCUGGACGAUGGAUGCCUUUCACCUCGGCUGUCCGUCACUACGCACCCACCUGUCCUCCUCUCUCAAGCCCAAACACACCAACGUGGCCUUCCUCAAGACGCACAAGACGGCCAGCACCACCAUGCAGAAUCUGCUCUUCCGCUUCGCAGAGCGCAACAACCUGACAGUGGCGCUCCCUGUGCAGGCCUGCGGACACCAGUUCUGCUACCCGCGCACCUUCAACGCCCACCUCGUCCACCCGCACACCCUGCCACCCAACGUGGUCACCAGCCACAUGCGCUUCAACCGUGCCGAGAUGCAGCGCCUCAUGCCUAACGAUACCAUCUACGUGACCAUACUUCGAGAACCAGGGUCCAUGUUUGAAUCGUUGUUCAGCUACUAUAACCAGUACUGUCAGAGUUUUAAGAGAGUUCCCAAUGGGUCCCUGGAGGCAUUUCUGGACGAGCCGUGGCGGUACUACCGUCCGGACGAAAAGGACUCCAUGUACGCCCGUAACACGCUGACCUUUGACCUAGGUGGGGAUAAGGACCAUCCGGCGGCAGACGCAACAGCGUACGCCCGGGCCUUUGUGGCCGAGACAGAACGCGUCUUCUCCCUGGUGAUGAUCGCCGAGUACUUUGACGAGUCGCUGGUCCUCCUCCGUCACCUUCUCUCCUGGGAUCUAGAAGACGUGCUCUACGUCAAGCUGAACAUGCGAAUGUCCGGCUCCAAGCACAGCCUUUCGCCAGGCCUCCCCUUCAAGAUCCGCGCCUGGAACGCCUUGGAUGCACGUCUCUAUGAUCACUUCAACGCCUCCCUGUGGCGCCAGCUGACUGCCCUGGGCCCGGCAUGCGUGGCCAGGGAGGUGCGGUUGCUCCGCAGGGCCCAGGAGAGGCUGGUGAGGGGCUGCUUUGGAGGACGGCUUCCCCAGCUCCGCUCUGCUGCCCAGAUCAAGAACAAAGAGCUGCGGCCGUGGCAGCCCAGUGCAAAGGUGGACAUCGUGGGCUACGACCUGCCGACCAACACCAACGCCACGUGGCCCGGAAGUCUGGCCCACGAGCUGUGUCUGAAGCUCAUCAUGCCAGAGGUCCAGUACACCAGGGUCCUGCUUCGAUCGCAGUCGCUACGCUACAGACGCAGCUACCCGCUCCGCUCCCCUCAGCCCCAGCCGCAGCAGCCCGUACGGUCGGUCCUGCCACGCCACCAACAGGUGGGGAUACAGCAGAUACACCGGGAGGCCCUUCCUCCAGGACUUGGUCCCGCCUCUAGCCCCACAGCCACCUCUCGACCUGCAGGGACCCAGAGCAGGGCCACAAGGGUGGGGCUAAGGCCCUCGGGCCCCCAGAGGCAGACGCCAUAACUUAAGACUGCAGAACCAGCCUUGAAUAUAGAAAGACUGAAUACAGCCAGACUAAAUACAGGCAUGCAGGCAGACAGACAGACUGUCCUCCAGACUUCAGCCAUUUGUCCCCAGGGACUGUAUCAGGGGGUUCUGGAGGAGAUAGGGAGAGGGGGGGACACCCCCAAAUUGGGGCUGGAGAUUGGGGUAGGACCCCAUUAUUAUGGGCACGGUCAGAGCACUCUCAUUAAUUACAAACUCUGUAUGGAACAAUAAAGAACUGUUACUGUCGCUUUAUCUCUCUCACUCUCUAAUGCCACCCCCCCCCAAACCUUGAGAAGAUCAGUGAGAUGACAGUGAGAGAGGGUCAUCGCCCGGGUCUGUGUCCAACCCUCUAAGCCUUCUCCAGAGAGGAAAACCAUCCAAUCCUGGGCCUCUCACCCAAUGACUUUACCCCCUCCCACUGAGUGUUAGGCCCGAGGACAGGUCAAAUGUCAAAAGUUAGGUCAGCGGUCCUUAGACUGACCCCCCACACACACACACAAACACACUCGCAGCCCUUACACAAACUCUCUCCCUCCUGCCCACCCUGCUUUAGAACAUCUCUCUCUGCUUCUCCGACCCCAGCUCAUCUCUCUCGCCCCUCCACCAGCAACUGAACUAGACCAUGGCGGCUGCUGCUGACAAAUGGGAUGUUUUUAGAUAUGGGAAUUGUGUGUGUGUGUGAAAGCGUUUUUCCUAUGUAUUUUGUUUAUCUGGGGCGUUAUCGCAAUAAAGUUUUAUGUAAAGUCUUAUGUAAAGGUAGGGAUCUUAUAACCACAAGACACACACACACACCGGACUCAACCCGUUGUUUGUUCUGCAAGCCUGCUAAAAGACAUGAUGAGUGAGAGCUACAGUGUUUGAAUAUUUAAUUAUGUAUUCUCUUUGGAGAGACCUUCCACUUGGGUUACACAGUGAAACACACACACACACACACACACACACACACACACACACACACACACACACACACACACACACACACACACACACACACACACACACACACACACACACACACACACACACACACACACACACACACACACAGCAGUGUGGAACAUGCCAAAGCAGCUUACUUAUCCGAAGCAAAGCAUAGGGAGGAAAUAACUACGAUACUGGGAGAAAGCAGUAGAAGAAGAGAGAGUCUGGGUCCUGUUCAUUUGGACACACUGCGGAAAACAUAUUAAAACAUUUUGCAAUGGGAAUUCGAAAAAUAUGUGUUUCUUCUUCGACAACUCCAUAUACUAUUUAUUCCCUUCCUGUUUCAGUCCUUGGUCUCCCAUUUGGUGCCUAAUGAACAUGCCCCUGGUGUGGUGGCUGUCAUGUGGAGGUGUUUUGCCACUCGUUUCAUUAUGUGGUACAUUUUUUAGGCAGUUGGUUGUUCAUGUUUAACCUAAAUGGUAUGCUUCAACCUGGGUGUCCUUGAGGGUGUGUGUGUGUGUGUGUGUGUGUGUGUGUGUGUGUGUGUGUGUGUGUGUGUGUGUGUGUGUGUGUGUGUGUGUGUGUGUGUGUGUGUGUGUGUGUGUGUGUGUGUGUGUGUGUGUGUGUGUGUGUGUGUGUGUGUGUGUGUGUGUGUGUGUGUGUGUGUGUGUUUCUGAGUAUAUAUUAUUUAUUUAUUUUCUUCUUCACUGGAAAAAAAACAGUCUGUUUAUGUUUACCUUCAAUGUAUAUUUCCGAUUUUGGAACAGGACAUUGUAUUGUGGACCAAACCACUAAUGGCAAUACACACUGUGCUGUACAUGGCAUGUUCUGAUGAAUAAAAUGUCAAAUUUCUACAUAGGCCAACCACAAAAGCUACUCAGACAGCACCAAGUGUAAUCACUGAGGCAUGAAUUUUAUUGUGUUUUAAGUGCUUCAUAAUGCUCUAGAUUGCAUCCCAAAUGACAGCCUAUUCCCUACAUAGUGUAUUAUUUGUAGUGCACUAUGUAGGGAAUAGGGUGCCAUUUGGGACACAGUUCUAGUCUACUGGAAAGAGGACAGGGUAGAAAGAUAACUUUCCGAAGGGCCCUAGACCCGUGAAAUCCUCCAUGUUUGACUGCUGUUCAUUUUUAAAGUGCUCUUUGAUUGUACUUUAUUUUUCAUCCCAAAUGUCACCCUUUAAAUAGGGAAUAGGUUGCCAUUUGGGACACACGGUAUCAAAUCUAGGCUGAUUUCUUGGUUUUGAGAGACAUAACUAACACAGAAUAGAAUGGUGGUUGUGUCAUUUACAAGUCAGUGUUAGUCAGCCUUUUUAGGAAUGCUAGAAUUAAGCAAUAAGGCCCGAGGGGGUGUGGUAUAUGGUCAAUAUACUAUGGCUAAGGGCUGUUCUAAAGCAGGAUGCAACGCGGAGUGCCUGGACACAGCCCUUAGCCGUGGUAUAUC